UCAGAACUUUAUGACCAUCAUUUACAAGAAAUCAAAGCUAGGUCUUCUGAUAUACUUGGAUUAGCUAUAGAUGUAUUUGAGAAAAAAGAUAUUUAUGGCCCUGACAUUCAAGCACACAAUUCUUCAGAACUUGGUUUAUAUAGUACUGAUCUGAACUAUAACUGGGUUAAAGAAAGUAAAGAUCGAUAUUUCAUUCUUCUAGAUACAAGUAUCUUUAUUCAGCAAGCAU